AUGGAGGCGCAUGAAGAGAAGCAGCUGUGCACCAAACUCAUGCGUGCCCUCUUUUCGGUAUUUGUCGGAAACCCCAAUAUCAACAUGGACUGUUUCAACGAGUGCGUCGAGGAAUGCUAUUUUACCGACGUCUUAUCCGCAGGAUCAUUGUCACAAUGGCAGGGAUACAGAGCGUUGUAUAAAUCCCUUGCAAAAAGCCAAGCAGAGACACGUCGCAAAAUCGGCGACGGCGUUUACGUCUGUCCAAAAGCCGCAAUACUCAUGUCGGGAUUGGCAUGUCUCUGCAUUCAUGGUGUGCCUGGGAAGGUAUCAGUUAUCCUCAGAGCAAUGCUUAGAUUGAAAGUGAUUGAACAUGCGCGCACCGUCGUCAUACACAAUAGAAGAAAGCUGUCACGCCAAGGUUUUCUAUGGAUAAACAGAGGGCGUCUCUCGUCUCCGGAGGAGAAGGAUGGCGAUGAAAUCGAGAGCAGCGCAGAUCAUUGCAACACCACAGCAGACGAUGACAGCAACAUAGGAGACAAUGAGGGCGGCGGUGCAGAUAUUGGCAGCGGUACCACAGAUACUGGCAGCGGCGGAGCAGAUAACGACAGCGGCAGCUGA